GGCUGUUCUCUGCUUCUUCUGCUUCCUGUGCUUCCUCCACUCUGAAAAUAUGGACUAAAGCUACACAGCUUCCUUCGAUUUGGAAAGAUUUGAGCCACAAUGGAGCUAAGUGACCAAGACAGCAGCGCCACGGCCUCCUCUCAAACAGACGGAGAAUUUGAGGGAGAGAUGGAUGAAGAGAUGGACGGAGCGGUGGACGGAGAGGUGGAGGGGGAAGUAGAAAAAAGUGACAAAAACAGGGAGAGUCCAACCCCCAGUCUGUCCAGCUUGUCGUCGUCUCUGCGCGCCGUCAUACGCAUCAAACAGAAGUACCAGGCCAUUAAGAAGCGGCGUCAGGAGAUAGGCCUGGGCUUGGGGUCAGCAGCUGCCCUCGUCGGAUCCGCACCGAGAAGUAGCCCCAAAAUCUUCACCUUCGACGGACUCACCCCCUCCAGCUUGUCGUCCUCCGUCCCUCUGUGGAAUAAGAAGAAAAAGAGGAAACGAGUGUUGUUUCCCAACAGAGGAGGGUGCAGGGCUCCGCCAAAGCCAGCGCAAAGCCGAGCCAAAUACUGCCUUUACCUGCUCUUUGCCAUCGUCUUCAUCCAGGUGUACAACGCCAUAGAGAACCUAGAUGACCAUGUUCUCAGGUAUGACCUGGAGGGGUUGGAGAAGACACUGAGGAGAGAGGUGUUUGGGCAGCAGGGAGCUGUGGAGGGUCUGCUGUCCCACCUGAAGGACUACCUGUCCACCUACGUCCACAACAAGCCCCUGGUGGUGUCCCUGCACGGCCCCAGCGGUGUAGGCAAGAGCCACCUGGGACGCCUCCUGGCCGGACACUUCCGUUCCGUGGUGGGGGAGACGCUGGUGCUGCAGUACUACGUCCUCCACCACUGUCCCCAGGAGGCCGACGCCCUGAAGUGCGCCAGCGACCUCUCCGCUCUCAUCUCGGAGAUGGUUGAACGAGCCGAGGAGGAGGAGAAGAUCCCGCUCUUCAUCUUCGACGAGGCCGAGCACAUGCACGGCGAGAUCCUGGACGCGCUGUGGCAACUCAUGGCCUCCAAACAGUCCAACGAAUACCUGAACGCUAUCUACCUGUUCCUGAGCAAUCUGGGUCAUACACAUAUCACCAAACAUAUGCUGCACAACUCCUCGAGUAUUUCUAUGUCAAUGACAGCAUCUGGUCGUCAUAAUAACUUAUUAAAAGAGCUGACUCCAAUAUUACGCAACACUCUGGAGAAGCUUCACCACCUGUGGACAGAGGCCGACAUCUUACCUCUAGGCCUUUUGGAGAAAGGUCAUGUGAUGGAGUGCUUCCUGGAUGAAAUGACUCGAGAGGGUUUCUACCCGGAUCAUACCAACAUAGAGCGCCUCGCAGGGGAGAUUAAAUAUUACCCCGAGGUAGGGGGGCAUGAAUAUUCCCAGACAGGCUGCAAGCAAGUGGUGGCUAAGGUCAACCUGCUGUGAAAUUCUUCGGCAGGAAAUGUUUGGAUGUUUCACAUUCUUUAAACCAUGAAGAAAUAGUGCGUGAGAAGUAAGAGAGGGGUUUAUGGUUACUAAACUUGAAUUACACAACUCGGAGCCAAAGCUUUCAAGAGAGGGUUUUGUAAGAGUGAAAAAACCGAAAAGUCUGUGCACACAAGAAGACGUUCGACUCUGCUGUGGGAAAUGGCGUGAAUCCUAUGAAGAGGUUUGAAAUCGUCCACAAACACACACAACCGUUUGUCUUACUGUCGUCGUGGGGACAUCUAAUUGACAUGAUGCAUUCUCCAGCCCCUAACCUUAACCAUCACAACUACACACCUAACCUUAAACUUUACCCUAAGCUAAAUCUACCCUGAACCCUAAAAUCAAGUCUUAACCCUCAAGCAGCCCUUUAAACUUGUGGUGUCCAGCAUUUUGGUCCUCACAAAGCUGUGCAGACAAGUCAAGUGAAUCCCACAAUGUUUAAAGGGUCCGUUCACCCAAAUUCCAAAAAAACAAACAAAUAUUUUCUCAUUUACCCCAUCAAAAAUAAUACAUUUUAAACAUUUACCCUGUUUUUAUGAGGCAUAUUUCUUCAUGAAUCCUCAUGACUUCAGUGAUCCCUUGACUUUUCAUCUAACGCCAUCAUCUGGUCAAAAUUUCUCUUAGUCCAAUCAUUUGUUUUAUGAUCAAUCAUCUGCAAAACUAAAUAGCCUCAACUACACUUAGUGUUCAGUGGUAACUGGCAAAUGUUAGCAUGUAAGAUGUUGAACAUGGUAAACACACCUGCUAAAGAUAGCAUUGUCAUUCUGAGCAUGUUAGCAAGCUGAUUUUAGCAUUUUACUUCACAAGUACAGUCUCAAAUUAAGUUUCAUUAAUCUCCAUUGUGUUGGUGUGGAGGCAGAAAACUCGUAAAUUUUAUGAUUUGGGUGAACUGGACCUUUACCUUUUAAGACCAAGCAACUACUAUAUUAGGGAGUUGAACCACACAUAGUAGGAGAUGCUCAGACAGAUAUUCAUUCAUUUAUAAAAGGAAGUUUAGAUACAUGUAAUGCAUCAGUUACUAACACACAUUUUAGGGUGUUUUGUUUUUGUCAGAAAUGUCAAAAGUGAUGCAGCAUGACUUGUUUUAAUGGUAAUGCUAGUCAAUCUACAAUGCAUACGUCUGUGGAUUUACUUAAAUAUACAGUACAAGAAAUGCAAUAACAUUUAAGUAAUUUAUUCUGAACGUUGGACCUGCAGGUGAAAAAUUGUUGGUAGCUAGUAGCAGCAGUUCGUGGCUUAUUUGGUCAUUAAGCUAGUAGCAAUCUUGCAUACAAGGCUUCUCUUCUCUCUGAGAAAAUCUGGUCCCUGAAGUUUAUUUAUUAAAGGCUCUAUUAUGUUCACAUCCAAAGAAAUGUACUGUUACUUGGCCUAGCAUUAAAAGUAAAGAUUGAUGGGAUUUAAUGAGUCAUGAAUAUGUUAAUGUCCUGUUUUCUGUUUAUUUCUAAUAUAAAUAAAGAUAUAGAGAUAUUAAAGACACCAUUUUACAUGGCUGUGAGAGUUUUAUUACAGCAGCCUGCAAAGCUGAAACAGAAAAAAGCAGACAGCAAGCAGCAGCUUAGUUUAGCUUAGCAUAAAGACUGCAAACAGCUAGCUAAUGAUUCAGGAAGUCACUACGCCAGGCCAAGAAAUUGUCUGGCACAUAUUCUGUGUUAAGGCCACAAUGUGCUGUUUCAGUGCACAUUAAACAAACAAGAUACAAUGAGUUAAUCAGUGAGCUUUAGAGGUGCUGAUAAGAUAGGUUUCAUCUAAAAAGAAGCAGCUGAUGUUUCCUUGAACUGUUUAUGCUAAUCUACUCUAAGCACCUGCUGGCUGUAGUUUCAUCUUUAGCAAACAGACAUGAGAGUGGUAUAGAUUUGUUUUUUAUCUACCUCUAGUCAACAAAGCGAAGAAGCAUAUUUCCCCAACGAUCAAACUGUUGUUUUGACUCAGGGUCCAGUGACUGGCUUUUUCCACCGCUUUAAACUUUAUCUCAGUUUUUCUCGGCAGAUGGAGUUUGUUUAAGUCCACAACUGUGCAAAGGAAGAACGUAAUAGAAUCAGAUUUGUGCCAAGAGAAUCAAACUAACUGAAGCUUUUUUGAAGUAAUUUUGUUUAAUUUAAUUAAUUAAAUUUAUCCUUCAGCUGGUGCUUUUAUCCAAAGUGACUUAGAAUUACUAUAUAUAUAUCAGAGGUUGCACGCCUCUGGGGCAAUUAGGGGUUAAGUGUCUUGCUCUGGGACACAUUGGCGGAUGUCGUGGUGGGAAUCGAACCCGGGUCUCACACACCAAAGGCAUGUCUUAUCCGCUGGCCCAUCGCCACACCAAAGUUUACAACUCCCUUUGAUAUUUAAGAAGUUUUGUUUGACUAAAUUGGCACAAAUCUGAUUCCACAGACCUUGAGUUCCAGAAAAGUCUAGUAUGUCGGUCAGGAGUUAAACGACUAUAAUCAAUAUUUUUAUAAUAAUAAUGUAUCAAAUGUGAAAACAAUGUGAAAGCAGCUGCUCGUAGUAAUAGACCUAAAGAGAAUUAUCAUCUGGAUAUGCAGCUCCUCUUGGCUUUAUAGUGAGUUUCGGCUCAUUGUUUACCUGUUGACACAAAACUUUACUGUUCAGGUUCACUCAGCGCUCUCAGUUUUCAGAGAAGAAGCUGUGAAAAACCCAACUGUGCACAACCUGCUCAGGAGGAAGCAGACACAUUUCGAGAUGAGCAGGUGAAUUUUCAGUUAUUUCCCUACUCAGGAGGUGGUGGAGACCAAAAACGGAGCUAAAAGAAAGGGAAUAUUGGACUUACAUUGAUCAGGUGACACAACAUGACUCCAAAUGAAUGACAAUGUUUCUCUGUAACUGCUGGAUAAAUAAACAUUUUCUAACAAGCUGGUGAUAUGUAAA